AUGGGAAAGAAAUCCAAGCAGUCCACCAAUCCUGGCCUUCCAAGGGCCCCCGUCCUUUAUCUCAAUGACCCGACCACUGGUGUUCCUCAUGCGCGUUACUUGCGGGACAUGAUUCCUCUCUGUGUUCUUGUCUUCCACCCUGGAGAGGACUUGCCGGUCACCACCGAUUCAUCCCUUACGGCUGCUGAAAUACUCACUGCGGACCUUCGUGCCGGCCACUUUGGUGAUAGCGUCGCCAUCAUCAGCGAUAAUGUCACCGACUCGAUGGCGAACGAUAAGAUUCGUACCGCAACUCAUAUCCGUCAAGGCGCGAUCAAACAUGGCUCUAACUUUGCAAGUGUGAAUCUCUAUCUCGAGAGUGGAACUCCGCCUGCGGAUAAGGACAAGUGGGGCACAAAUCAUCUUGAAUUGUGCGUCUCCAAUCUGACUGUAAAAGAGGUGGCUGAGAAAGUAUACCGAUGGCUUUUCACUGUCUUGACCGUUCAAGAAACUCUUCAUCUAAUCCCAGAGAGCGAGAUGCUGGCCAUCGAUGACAAGGCAUUUCCAGACUACGAGUAUUGCGCCAUCAAUGAAAGCAGAAAUCGUCCAAAAGAUGCAAAGAUUCAGUUCGUCGCUCUUGUCACCAGUAAACCUGUUGUGGGCCCCGGACAACGGUUGCGAUGGACUGUUGCAGAUAGAACCGGCACUGCCAAUUUCUACUUCCGAUACCGCGGUCCUGCUUCACAGUAUACAUGGGACUGGGUCCUGAAAUUACAACCCGGUGACCGCAAGGCCCUCCCGCGCAUGCCAAUGGUCAAAGUCAAAGAAAGCAAACGCGUCCGAGUGGCAAAGGCACCCUUCCGCACGGUCGCCUUCGUGGUCUCUAGUGUCGGUGUAGGAAUCCGUUCUGUCGGGCAUGGAGUUGCAAAACUCGGUGACAUUGGAAGACUUGGAAAGAGCUCCGAAUGGGUUCCCGAAGCUGAUGUCGUCAAUGGUAAGAAAGUCGACUGGUCAGCUGUCUUUGAGAAAGAGAACCAAGAGAAGAUGAUCAAGAUCGAGAAGGCCCGGAAGAGCGUCAAGACAAAGGUCUUCAACGAGAAUGGCGAGAAGGUCUGGAAGGAUGAUGACAGCAUUGCCAGCACGACUCAGGGAGAUGAAACUGUCGAGGAGAAAGUUAAGAAGUUCUGCUAG